CAGGAAAAAGGAAGAGAAAGUAGAAAAAACACCAACUUCAGAAUCUCAGAUUGUUUGUGAUUGAUAUCUACACAAACAACAAACACCAACCCAAAAAAAAAUAAAACGAAAAAUAAAAAGGGAAUAAGGGGACAAAAAUCCUCCCUUUCCGACCUUUAAUCUGCCAGCUUGCCCUUUCGGUGCAAAACUCAGAGAAAUCUGCAUCAGAUAUUAUGUAUCCGGGAGUGUGCCGGCAGGUUGAAUUUUAGUGUACAUAAAUUUUCAAUUUUUCAGAUUAAAUUGUGGAAUUUUACCUUUUGGGGUUAAAGUGCCAAUCGAAAUAGAAAAACCCAGUUCGUAAGUUUUGGUUCGGACAAAGGAAAAUUUGGAUAAUCAGCGUGGGAAGAUCCAAGUUUGGAGCUUUCCGGGAGAAAAUUGGUUUUUUAUUUUUUAUUUUUUUUGAUGGGUUUAUUGGUUGAUUCAAAUGGGGAAGGGGGCGGCGGAGAAAGUGGAAGAAACGGCGGUUCAUGGGGCGGUCGGAAUAGUUUAAUACGGCGGAAGCAGGUGGAUUCUGUUCAUGUGAAGUCAGGAGGUCAUCAAUUGGCGAAGGAGUUGACUGUUCCCCAUCUUGUUGCAGUUGGGGUUGGCUCAACGAUUGGAGCAGGAGUCUAUAUUCUUGUUGGAACAGUUGCUAGAGAGCAUUCUGGACCAGCACUAGCAAUUUCCUUUCUAAUAGCUGGAAUUGCGGCAGCCCUUUCUGCCUUUUGUUAUGCUGAACUUGCAAGUCGGUGCCCUUCUGCAGGGAGUGCCUACCACUAUACAUAUAUAUGCAUUGGAGAAGGUGUUGCUUGGUUAGUCGGUUGGGCUUUGAUUCUAGAAUAUACAAUUGGUGGCUCAGCUGUUGCUCGGGGCAUAUCACCUAAUCUGGCAUUACUUUUCGGAGGAGAGGGCAGUCUGCCUGCUUUUAUAGCCCGGCAACAUAUUCCUGCACUUGGUCUGGUGGUUGAUCCAUGUGCAGCAAUUCUAGUAGUUAUUGUUACAGGGCUCUUGUGUGUGGGAAUAAAGGAGAGUACAGUAGCACAAGGCAUUGUGACGAUAGCAAAUGCAUGUGCAAUGAUAUUUGUUGUAGUAGCUGGUACUUAUCUGGGUUUCAAGUCUGGUUGGACUGGAUAUGAACUUCCUACUGGGUACUUCCCCUUUGGGGUGAAUGGUAUGCUUGCUGGGUCUGCAACUGUCUUCUUUGCAUACAUUGGUUUUGAUUCAGUUGCCAGCACUGCUGAAGAGGUGAAGAAUCCUCAACGAGAUUUGCCACUCGGUAUUGGUGCUUCACUAUCUAUUUGCUGUGCGUUGUAUAUGUUGGUUUCGAUGGUCAUUGUUGGUUUAGUGCCUUAUUAUGAAAUGGAUCCUGAUACACCCAUUUCCAGUGCAUUUGCUAGUCAUGGGAUGCAGUGGGCAGCGUAUGUGAUAACUGUUGGAGCUGUUACUGCUCUCUGCUCAACAUUGAUGGGCUCUAUUCUUCCUCAGCCACGAAUCCUGAUGGCAAUGUCUAGAGAUGGAUUGUUGCCGCCAUUUUUAGCGGAUAUUAAUAAAAAAACUCAGGCUCCUGUCAAGAGUACAUUAGCAACUGGGAUUUGUUCUGCAGUCUUGGCCUUCUUCAUGGAUGUUUCAGAGUUGGCAGGAAUGGUUAGCGUGGGUACACUUGUUGCAUUCACUAUGGUAGCAAUAUCUGUACUUAUAAUCAGAUAUGUUCCACCAGAUGAGGUGCCUUUGCCUUCAUCUCUUCGCGAGUCCAUUGAUUCAGUGCGGUUGAGGCAUGGAAGGAAUUCUCAAGAGGUCAAAGAGGACGAUCCUAAGGCUAUGAUUAAUGUUAGUUCUUCGGAGGAGAGUACCAAACCUCUACUUGAGAAAGUGGAUAUCAUGGUUGAACUUCCCCUGAUCGGAAAGCAACUGCCUCUUAUUAACUACACAUUAAGUGAAGAUAAUAGGCGUAAAGUUGCUGCCUGGACCAUAAUGUUCACAUGUGUCGGCGUGCUUCUUCUGACAUAUUCAGCAUCAGAUUUGGCCCUCCCCAGCUUUCUUCGCUAUACAUUAUGUGGGGGUGGCGGUAUUCUUCUUUUAUUAGGUCUGAUUGUGCUCACAUGUAUUGAUCAAGAUGAUGCACGACACACCUUUGGGCACACAGGAGGUUUCUUAUGCCCAUUUGUCCCCGUGCUACCUAUUGUCUGCAUUCUCAUCAACGUCUACCUACUGAUUAAUCUCGAGGCGGACACCUGGGCGCGUGUUGCUGUUUGGCUGCUGGUAGGAGUGGUUAUUUACGUGUUUUAUGGCCGAUCGCACAGCUCAUUGGAGGAUGCAGUUUACGUGCCAGUAGCUCACGUCGAUGAAAUCUUUCGGAGCUCAGGAAAUUGAGCAGCUUAAGUUUGUACAGGAAAUGCAAGGACAAACAGUCCGUUGCAUCGUGCACUAUGUCAUCUGGCGAUCGUGAAGUUUGCUUUUAUCGCGUGCUUUUGAUUCCGAUUAUUUGUUGUUGGUAAUCUUAUUAUAGCAAGGACAGAAAUCAGUCCAUUGUAUAAUUAUUAUUUGGUUGAUGCUGGACGUGUUCGAGCAAUGUAAAUACUUUGCAAUUAAUGAAAGUUUCCACUCUCCUUUCUUAGGAGAGAGGCAAUACCAGAAA